AUGAUGACCCAGCCAUUUCCUGCCCAUCAAGGCAUGCCUCAACAUUCCGGAUUCCCUCCUGGCCAUCCAAUGGCCCAAGCUCAGCAUCCGAAUAUGGUUCAGGGACCCGGGAUGCUUCAGCAGAUGCAUCCUGGCGUCUCCGCUGCUGCUGGGCCACAGGUGAGUCAACCUGGGCCCAUGAUGGCCGGUAUGCCUCCAGGCGCAACCACAGGCCCCGGUGGCCCGGUGCCAAAUGCGCAUGCUCUGCAACACUUGAACCCGGCUGCCCAUGCACAAUUGCUUCAACAGCAGCCGUAUGCAAUGAAUGUCACGAACAACCAGCAGCUACUGCAACAGCAGGCAGUGGCCCGACAACAGCGAAUGCUCCACCAGCAGCAUCUCGCUCAACAGCAACAGCAUCAUGGAGGUGGCAUCCCCGUCUCGAUGCCAGCAGGGACACAGGGCCUCAGUCAAGCUCAGUUAUCUGCUAUGCAAAAUCCAAAUAUGCGCGGCCCGGUCGGUAUGAUGCAUUUCCCGCAAAUGCAACACAUGCCUCAGAAUUUGCAACAACAGCAGCAACAAUUAUUUGCCAUGCAAGCCCAGGCUCAAGCCCAAGCACAAGCCCAAGCCCAAGCCCAAGCUGCACAAGCCCAAGCGGUAGCUCAGGCAAACAGCCAACAGGGCCAACAUACACCGCAGCCGCGACCUGCUGUACCACCUCAAAGCGUCACUCCCCAGCCUCAACAAGGUCCCCCAGUGCCUCCUGGAAGCGCAACGCCAUCACAGCAGUCUAACCCUCCACAGCACUCAACUCCCCAACCUCCCUCCCAUCAGGGUUCGCAACCACCACAAUCAACGCCGAAUCCCCAGCACCAGCAGAUUCCUCAAGCUCAGCAGGCAAUGGCUCAGCAACAGUCUCAGCAACAAGCGCAAGCAAAUCAUCCGCAACAGCAGGUGCAACUACCUCAAGCACAGCCGCCAAAUGCACCACAAGUGACCCAGCCGCAGCAACAGCAAGUAUUACCCGGUGCAGAGCAGAUGAAAAUGCAGCAACAAGCGUUGAUGGAUCAGCAAAGACGCAUGAAUAUGAACAAUAUAAACAACUUGCUGCAAAAUAAAACAGGUGUGACACACUGGGUGAACAGCUACUUCGAGAUGUUAAGUAAUUUUGAGAGCCAAGGCGAAGAUGUCGAUCUUCUUCACUGGCAGAACGUCGUAAACACAUAUUACAACACCAAUCAUCAUAUAGCGACUGGCCAACCCUGGGGCGUUUUGCGCCAGGGCGUCUUGACGCCAGGUACUGGUUCGAAGUCAUUCGAAGUUAACGCGACCAUUUUACCUCGUUAUUAUGUCACACUUUUCAAUAAUGGCAUCACACGGAUACAAACGCAUAUGGAAGCUACGCAAGAGUUUACCCCCACGAAUGGUUAUCGUGUGGUGUAUAGCCCCAGGACUAGCUUCAUUUAUUGGUUCGCCAAUGAUUGUCAGCUUGUCGUGAAUGGAUCACUCAAGGUACUUGUGAAUCCGGAGUUCAAGUUUGAUUUGGUCGAUAUAUCCGUCUCUGGGUUCCGGGAAUACAUCCCUCGCAAUCUUCUUCAACAACCGGAACCAAUCGAUCAAAAGCCCAGUCCGCGCGUAUCCAAGAAUGCCAGUAAAAGGAUGCAGAAGCAACAACAGCCGCCUCCCACUAUUUCACCCCCGGAGUCAAUGGUCAAUGAGAACGGUCUUCCGCAUAGCGUUCAGUGCUUCCUUGAGAUCGCAGAGCCCUUGUCUUAUAUGACGACUCUAAUCAACCACAGUGCUCACAACCCCCAUAAGGGUGCUAGCGAGCUACUUCGAGAUGUUACUGCAAUAAUAAAUAGUCCUCAUAAUCUUCAGGCUCAAGGUCAACGGACUCCUGGUAUUAACGGACCUUCUCAAUUCGCUUCUCCAUCCGUUGGGAAUAUGGGCUUGCCCGGGGCACAAGCGUCACCCCAUUUAGGGGUGUCCGCCCAUCCGAGUCCGGCUCAAAACCAUCCCAUGGGGCCUGGAAUGAUUCCCCACCAAAGCCAAGGUGCUAUGGGAGCGAAUGGUAGCCAAGGUGCGAGUGCGAAUACCAGUCCUAACGUCUCCAAUAAGCGUCGACGGGCGAGCACCGUGAAAACAGAGGGUGAUGAUGGCGUGGAAGUGAACGGAACUGGUCCCACUGGUGCAGCGAAAGUGAGGGCAAGCCCCAAGGUUGGUGGGAAAAGACAUAAAGGCGCUUCAUAGGGACUUCUUGCUAUUACUUCCGCAUUUUGCCGCUUUCGUUUCUUUCUCACAAAAAAACGGGGAACUCGGUAAUUGGCGUAUUACGGUUCUUGUCAUGUCUCAUUUUUACUUCCAGGGGAGUUUUUGUUGUUUCCUUUUUCGAGUGCCCAUUCAUCCUUGCCUCCGGGCAUAUGAUUCCCUAUUUUCCUGUUACUGACUAUGACUUGUUGGCUUUUUUCUUGGAUACUUUUCCGAUCCAUAUUACGCAUGGCGUCUAGCACUGGUCUCCGCUUCGGUCGUCAUUCGUGGCCUGUUUGAGUUUUUGUUCCGAUACGCAUUUUAUUGAUACGUUUCUGGGUUCUGCUCCAGGGACAUGAUACCAUGGUUUUUCAUCGAAGCCUGCCUUGGUCUCCAUUACGAGGUCAUACAUGGCUUUUAUUUUAAACGCGCAGGUGAUUCAGCGAUUUAGAUAUUCUGGGUUUCUGCAUAUUUCAUGUAUCUUUUUUUCCUCUCUACUUGGUGCUGUACUUUUUUUAUUUGUUUUAUUGGGGUGUUCGCAGGUGUGAUGAUUCUGCGUUUUUGCUGCUAGGGUUUUUUUUUUCCCUUCACCUUUCCCAUUCAUCACGUUCUUAUGACUUUCAUCCGUG